CCGGCGAGCACCUGCGUCAUCGAGAAGGAUAACGGAAGCUCUCUGCGGCCCCUCUAAACCUCACAGUUCGGGAGGACUGAUCUAACGGCGCGGUGACCAGGGGCUUAAACUUCGGCGAGUAGGUUGGAGCGCCACCACUCCCAUACCUCUCGCCUAGCUUCUCUCCGAACGUCUCCAGCCACUUGCCCACCGGGCGAAGAAUCUUCACUCGAGCCCAGGCCCCGCCAAGGCCUGGCCUGCAGCAGAUCGAAGGAAGACACCGCCAAGACGGGCACCGACGCAUGAGAUACCAUCCCGUAUCCCCUUAUGAUCCUGAUGGCGGGCGUCCUAUGUAGCCUCCUCAGCAAAAGCAGACUGCGGCAACGCGCCAUCAGAUCUCGUGUCAACACCGGAGCCCCGUACAGGACCCGGGAACGGACGACUCCCUUAUAUACACAGCGCACUCCUACCCCGGCCCCGAUAUUCGGUAGCAAGCCACAUAAGGCGUUGGCUGCCGCCAUCACUUUGGAGACCAAGAGCCUGAAGUGCGGCCCGAACGUCCAUUGCCUGUUAAUAGUGAUACAAAAUAGUUGCGCGUACCCGUGCAGAUAUGCAGAAAGGCAUACUUCAAGUUAUGAGGUUGCUGAUAAUUUAAAUAUGUCCUUAAUAUUAAAUCAUUCAUUACGUGGCAUCCUAUUACAUAUCAAAGUUAUAUUUCAUGAGGAAGAGGAACAGAGUGCCUGUUUGCAAAGGAUUUACAUAUUCCGUAGAUCGUAAACAUUUUAUUAUAAGAGCAAGGGCAAAUAGAGCAUCUUGAAGCAACGAACGUAUUAAAUACCUGGCUAGUGCAGACUUGAUAAGUAUUAAGUGAAAUCUAAAUGAAAGUGAAAAUCGGCGUUCGUGCCGUUGGAGGGAGGAUGAGCCGCGCAACUGAACGGCUCCGCGCUCCCGGGGUGUCUCGUACUCAUUGCGAGGAAAGGCGCACCUAGAGCGUACGCGUCGGGAGAUCCGGGAAGAGUUCUCUUUUCUGUACAAUCGUUCGAGUUCCCUGGACACUUCUAGCAGGGAGAUGGGGUUUGGAACGCGAAGAGCAACUCAGUUGCAGCAGUAUCCGGAUCUUCCCUUCCGACCUUGAAAAUCCAGGAGAGAACCACUUGUAGA